AUGGAUCUUACAGGCAUACCUACGCCAUGUAUGGAUUGGACAUCGACAAAUUUGGUCGAUAGUUGGAAAAAAUUCCAGCAGCACGUGCAACUGAUAUUUGAUGGCCCCUUGAAAGAGAAAGAUGAGACUGUUAAGAUAAGUUAUUUACUUAUUUGGGUCGGCGACAAAGGUUGCGAUGUGUAUAAUACAUGGACUCUGUCGAACGACAAUAAGAAAAAGCUCGACACUUACUACAAGCGUUUUAAGGCGUACGUGCAGCCUAAGCUCAACCCUGUGUUUAGCAGAUUCAAGUUCAAUAACGAAGUUCAAGGUCAGCAGUCGAUUGAGCAGUUAGCUAAAGAUUGUCAGUAUCACGAUGCAGACGAGAUGAUCCGUGAUAGGAUUGUGUUUGGGACAAAUUCCGCCAAGAUUCGCGAAAAGCUUAUCAAUGAAGGUGACAAGCUUACUCUGGAUAAAGCCAUCCAAAUCGCCCAGAACCAUGAAUACUCACAGGAGCAGCUUAAGUCGAUGGGUACCACGUCACAGGAAGUUCACGCGAUUACAUCUAGACCACCGCCAGGAAAUCGUGAUUCCCACAAGACUUCCAAAACUGGCCAUAGCACCAGUCAACCUGAACCGAAACGUGUGGUUCAUGCUCUUAACAAAUCUGGUGUGUCAUAUGAACAAAAUCAAGCAUUUACACAUGUUACAAUAGGUCCAAAUAAUGUACCAGUCAAAUGUAAGCUUGACACUGGCUCACAAGUUAAUGUUAUACCAGUAUCUACUUAUAAACAGCUAGGUGUUGCUGAUCAGUUGAGUUCGUCGUCUAAUUUGUCUGGUUAUGCUGGGUCACCAGUUAAGAAACUGGGUUCUUGUAAAGUAGCUGUUAAGUUUAAGGAUAUCUUUGAAGGGUUAGGGUUAUUCCCAGGGGAAUGUACUAUCCAUAUAGAUCCCGAUGCUAUACCAGCUAUCCACCCCCCUCGUAGAAUACCACAGGCUUUGGGUGACAGGUUUAAAACUGAGUUAGACCGGAUUGAGAAGUUACUGGUCAUUGCUAAGGUCGACACCCCCACACAUUGGGUAAACUCCAUGGUUGUUGUCGAGAAGCCAUCUGGAGCUUUAAGAUCCUGCCUUGACCCCAGGGAUCUAAACAAGGUCAUUCAUCGACCCCAUUACCCAUUGAAAACUCUCAAUGACAUUUUACCUGAGUUAGCUGGUGCACGUUAUUUCACCAAGCUUGAUGCGCGCUCAGGUUAUUGGACUAUUAAGCUUGAUGACGACUCAAGCUAUCUUACUACGUUCAAUACCCCUUAUGGUAGGUAUCGCUUCCUCAGAUUACCCUUUGGCCUGAAAUCUGCACAGGAUGAAUUUCAGCGCAAGAUUGACUACUGUUAUGCAGGUCUCAAAGGUGUUGUUGCUAUAGUCGAUGACAUUCUUGUCUACGGGAAGACCCGUGCUGAGCACGAUAGCAAUUUGAAAGCUGCUCUUCAGCGCACAAGAGAAAUGGGCAUAAAGCUCAAUGAUGAGAAGCUCGAUGUAGGUAAGACACAAGUCGAGUACUUUGGUCACUUACUUUCUGAAGAUGGUGUCAAGCCUGACCCUAAAAAGGUCUCAGCUGUCAAAGACAUGAAACCACCGGAAAAUCGUAACAAACUCGAGACAGUACUGGGUAUGGUAAACUACCUAUCCAAAUUUGCACCAAACUUGGCUGAUACUACUAGCCCCAUGCGACAAUUAUUGUCAAAAAGGUCUGAAUUUGUUUGGGGCCCAGCCCAAGAAGAGUCUUUUGCUAAGGUCAAGGACAUAAUCACAAGGUCACCAGGCAGAGUAUUGGCCUAUUUUGAUCCUAGGAAAGAUACUGUAUUGCAAGUUGACGCCUCCAAAUUUGGUCUUGGAGCUACUCUCUUACAAGAAGGCAAGCCUGUGUCUUAUGCCUCGAAAUCACUUACCCCAUCAGAAAUUAACUAUGCACAAAUUGAAAAGGAAAUGUUAGCUAUUCUGUUUGGGUAUAAGCAUUUUCAUCAUUAUGUUUAUGGGCGUGAGGUGUGCGUCCAAACAGACCACAAGCCAUUAGUGUCUAUUAUGCAGAAGUCUAUACUUACUGCCCCUGCCCGCUUACAGCGCAUGAUUCUGCAAUUGCAGAGAUACAACCUUAAGCUUGUUCAUGUCCCAGGAAAACAGAUUCCUGUAGCAGAUACACUUUCUAGGAAAUACUUACCUCAUACAAUGCCAGAGCUCUCCAAGGGCAUUGAGGCUCAGUUACAUUUGGUUCAUGAAAACAUGCAGGUCAGUGACUGUCGUCUAGAACAGAUUAGGUUGUCUACAGAAUCAGACCCCCAGUUUCAAACCUUAACCAAAUUUAUUUUGGAAGGUUGGCCAGACUUACGCAGAAAUUGCCUAGACCCCAUUAAGGAAUAUUGGAACUUCCGCGAUGAAUUGUCAGUAGAGAAUGGGCUCAUUAUGAAGGGUCUUAGAAUAGUUAUUCCCCAUGACCUCAGGACAGAGCUCUUGAAAAUAUUACAUGUGGGUCACACUGGUGUUGAAAAAACCCUGAGACGAGCCCGUGACAUAGUUUUCUGGCCAGGACUUACGAAGGACGUUACGGACCUAAUACUGAACUGUAAUGUUUGUUUAGAAUUAAGGAAUUCCAAUCCUAAGGAACCUUUGCAAUCUCAUGAAAUUCCUUCAUACCCCUGGCAGACAAUUGCCUCAUAUCUCUUCCUAUGGGAUGACAAGGACUAUGUUCUGUUUGUUGACUACUAUAGUAGGUAUUUUGGAGUUUUCAGGCUAACCAAUACUCAUAGUUCCACUAUCAUCUCAAAGUGCAAAGAAGUCUUUGCAAGGUAUGGUAUACCUGAAAAUUUUGUUUUGGACAAUGGUCCACAGUAUUCCAGUUAUGAAUUUGCUGAUUUUUCCAAAGAGUGGAACUUUCAGCAUGUCACCUCAAGCCCCAGGUACCCUAGAUCUAACGGUCUUGCAGAAAGGACAGUACAAACCAUUAAGGGCAUUCUUACUAAGUGUAAGGCUGACAGACAAGACAUUAAUUUGGCCAUUCUGACAUACAGGACUACUCCUUUAGACAUAGGACUUUCCCCAUCACAACUGUUAAUGUCCAGAAGACUUAGGUCAAACAUCCCUACUGUUCAGGAAAGCCUUAAGCCCUUUCAUCAUGACACAGACAAGAUUAGGGUAAAGUUACAAGUCAGUCAUGACAAGUCAAAAGUCUACCAUGAUAGAUCAGCUCUACCUCUAAAGCCUCUCAAAUCUGGUGAUUCAGUUAGGGUUCAGCUCAAUGAUAAAAAAUGGACCCCAGCCAUUAUAAUGCAACCACAUGGGAAUAGGUCAUAUUUGGUCAAGACACCUGCUGGUUCUUUGUAUAGGUGCAAUAGGAGAUUUCUCCAUAAAACAAAAGAAGCUCCCCAACCAGAAGAGCUUGCUCUUCCCCAGUAUGAUGUUUUCAAACAUGAGCCUUUGCCAGAUGAUACCCCUAAUUUGAAUUCUGGUAAUGAUGUGCAACCUGGAAAAAAUCCUGACAUAGGUAACUCACCUAAGCCCCCAGAACAAUCCAAACCAUAUGUAACUAGGUCUGGAAGAGUUGUUAGACAAAAAAUUAUUCCUUCUAUGUAA